CUCCAGGCAACUCGUAGAUUGCCGUACGUGUUGAUACCUGUGCCGAGCUCCCAGUCCCGGCGCCGGAAUGGCCACCGUCUCGAUCUGGGCAACCCCUGCUCCCUGUGCAGCCAGCCUCCGCGGUUGAACGCGCUUGGUCGUCGCGAUCACCCUGUGACACCAACUCUGCUGCCAUGUUUCGGUUCUGCUGGGUGGCUCAUUUCACGUGGUCCACCUGGAGCGCGGCGGUGACCACCCUACUUCUUUUUUCCGCAGGGGACAUUGCCAGCCAGGAACUUUGCGACAUUUCCCAGGAAUGCAACUCCACCAUGUCGUCAGGAGUCUUAACUCCACCAAGCUCACCCAAUUCUAAGCCAUCCAGCCACUGCGUGACCGCACGGCCUGACGAAAGCGUGCAGUUCGAACUGAGACCCGACGCAGUCGCCCUCUUGGCGAACGACACCCUGGUCGUACGGGCAGGAGACAGGACGCUGCGCGAGCUCUCUUCGGAAGAAGCUUUGGAGCGACUGGAGGUGCUUUCGGGCGACCCAGGAGAGCGGCUUUGCCUGGAGUACACAGGGAGCGACCCCAAGUCCUUCUUUCACGUCCCCUUCAGAAAGAUAGCUCGAAAGACGAUCCGUGUUCAGGACCCGAAACAAGACAUCCAACAAGAUUACGAGCCCAACACUCUGGUGACUUGGUUGUUCGAGAACACCGCGAACAACUCGCUGCUCCACUUGGUCGUGCGGGGAGCAAGGCUGGAAGCCCUCCAAGGAGAGUUCCUCAUCAUCGGCUCCGGCGACGCUUCGGAGCUCCUGGAGAGCUCUCGGGCAGCGGUGCUCACGAGAAGCGUCGAUCCCGGAACGCAGCUCCAGUUCCGAGUGAAUGGUCCCGACGCGUACGUCAUCCUCUUCAUGGGAGACCGCCCGGGCAAAGAAGGCCCCCGUGCCACGGAAGACAAGUCCCUCUACCUGGAGUGGUCGCGAACCGACAUCGGAGGUGAGCAGAAGGAGCCACGGCCGUUAAACAACAUAUCGGAGAAGAGUAAAUCACUGUGGAAGGAGGCAGUGCUCCUGUGUGUGGACGUGCACAGCACUGAUGACUCCGUCUGGAAAGCUACCAAGGCUGCGAUUCAACAAACAUUCGCGGAAGCCGCCAACAACUACGUGAAACACCUGCCCAAUGUUCCGGACCAGAAAAUUGAGCCUCACCAGGUGCGGCUUCCGGACGUGAGCGUGGUCCAAGGCAACAACUCCUGGAGCUUCCGUGUUCGGGUGCUGGUGUCCGUAACCAGCUCGGAGGACCCCGAGAGUGCGCUGCUGAACAACCAAGACCUCCAGGCCGUAUUCGGGACGAUAACCAACGGCCUGGGACACGUCAGGCUCAAUUCCUCCGCUGCUCAUAGUUUCUGGCUCACGGACCAGUGCAAGGAAGCCGGGGACUCGGUGUGGUGGUACCUGUUCGCGGCGCUCAGCCUGGCUGUUUCGGUGGCCCUGUUCCUGCUCAUCUGGCGCUGGAGAACCCUGCACUACGCCCAAGGACCGCGCAGUGCGUCCAAGAUGUGCGGCAAGAAUAAGGCCUCGGCCACGUCGCUGCCCAUGCCGGACACCUUCCACACCAACCCGGCGUACGAGCCGAGCGACGACGAGAGCCCCCGGUUCCACAACCUGGAGCAGCUCAACGAGGAGUCCGAGAGCCGCGUCGUGGUCGAGCCCCGCCCAGGGGAGCGAGAAGCUGAGAACAUGCUCAACAACGGCGAACCCUCUUCCAGAAGGACCCAACAUGAAAGAUUUGAUUCUCGCGCCUUGCAGCCACUUUGACUACACUCGCGACAAAAGGCCCUUUCACGAAGGGUCAAGUUUGUUAAAGGACUUUACGUUUGGCGAAGCUCAACGACGUCGUCAGUCUAAUUGCUUACGUCAAUACGUAUGCUCAACGCUACAUUGGAGUAUAAACAAUCCUCGAAGAUUCCCCACGUUA